CCCUGACGCGAACUGGACAUCGCAAAACCCUGCAGAAAGGAUGACAUUACGGUUUGAGGCUUCCUGUCCUGAUGGCCUGUGUCCAGGCUGGAGCAUCAUCCUCAAAGGAGAAACCCCCUCAGAGGCAAACAAGUUUGAGAUUAAUUUCCUAUGUGAUCGGGAUGACAGAAUAGCCUUCCACUUCAACCCACGCUUCACAGAGUCGGACAUCGUGUGCAACUCCUUCAUGGCCAACCACUGGGGACAGGAGGAGAGAUGCACCAAUUUCCCUUUCGGAGCUGAGGAGCCUUUCCAGAUUGAGAUUUACUCAGACAAUGAAAAUUUCCACGUCUACAUCGACGAGACGAAGAUCAUGCAGUACAAACACCGCGUGGAAGACCUAAAGACGAUCACAAAGGUGCAGGUGGUGAAUGACGUCAACAUCUCCUCUUUAGAGAUCACCAAGAAGCACUUUUACUGAGUCAAAGGCGUUCUCAGAGGAUGCCUUCUGGAUGCAAGUUAGCAGCAGUAAGCUUUUGUUUGUUUGUAGUGGUUUAGUCAUUGUCCCUCAUCGUGUGUUUUAAACACUCAAUCUUGCUGGAUAUAUGGAAUUAAAACUUUGCCAGGAAAUGUUUAGACUCUUGAUUUGGAUAUAGCUUAACUGAAUGUCAUGAUCAGAGGAACAAAUGUGAAAAUAAAUGGCAGAAUUGACAGCCACUGAGA